AUUACGACGCCAUACGCCAACUGGAUCCCGGAAUUCCCGCGGAUUUCGGGACGCAAUAUCAUCACGUUCGAGGACGGCCUAUGGGGCCCCCAAGAAUAUACUCGGUGGCCGCAACUGUACAACGCGACCUCCAUACAUCAUGCGUGCAUCCCAACUAGAGAGUCGGGCUGCCGGGCUCCAGGGGACCAGGUCUAUGACGGGUUCGGAUACUAUGCUUGGGAAGAAGACAAGUCUUGCGGCGUAUCCGCCUUCGGGUUCUUGAACGCGGACGUACUAGGAGAGCUGAGCGCCAUUGCGACUCGAGUGAUUGCUCAAUACGAUGACGCGGAACGCUCGGCACAGAAUCGCGACCGGCUCGCAUGGUUUGGACAGUCCUUGAUGGAUAUACGACUGGGUACGGUUCUCUCCGUGCUAUUAAGGAAUGCGGUCGAUCGGCUCAAAACGCUGCCUACUACUCGCCUACACGCCCUCGUCACCGGCCGCCUGGCGCACCGCCUCAUCUUGGAGCUCUGCGGCCUCACUAUCUAUCACAACGAGGUCGCCCCGCGUAUGGCAGACCCGAAGUCUCAACGUUACCGCGCCUUGCCAGUUCUCGGGGCCUUCGUGCGCUCGGUGCCUGCGGCCCAGCUUUUGCAUCGCCUGGGGAUACCCUUUUGGCUCAUACAGCCGUGGACACGCGACGUCGUCAUACAGAAGGUCGUGGAGCCCCGCAUGUGGUCAGACACGCUCAACUCGAGCCCAGCGUGGCCCAGAGUCCCGAAGUCAUGGUACGACCCCGACGGAACCCAUCAGGAUCCCGGCAAGUGGACGCAGCCAUCGGUGUUGUUUAUUAGCAACCUGGUGUGCUCGUCCGCGUUGCCGAAGCUACACGCUGUGGCUCGCACGGAGGGAGCCGAGCGAGAGGCGAAGCGUUGCAAGGGAGACGAUGGCGCCUUUACCGUGAUACCGAAGGCCCAGAACGUGGGCCCAGCUACGCACAACAGCAAGAAAAGGGGACACAAAUCUCGGGGGAAGCGCUCUGGUGGAAAGCCGUCUGAGCCCCACCCAGCCACAACCUUCCAGCCACCCAGCCCUGACGUUGUCGAGCUGAGCCCGAGCUGGCGCACCGCUUUGACCGGGGUCUCUCCCUUGCCGUUUCCUCCCCCGGUCGCUCUCGAAUACUAUCUGCCGCCGCCUUUUGUGAUCGACAACGCGAAGACGAACAAAGCCCGAUACCUCCAUAACUUUGCCCGGAUAUGGCAGUUCUGCAAGCUCCGACUCAUUGACUCUUCGAUCGACGGGGCGCCAUUGCGAAUCGCCGAGUGGCGCCACACCCUUUACGGAGAUUAUAACUGCGAUGCCAUCGAAGAACACGCUCAGAGCGCUUCAACGGCAGGGCACCGCAAGCCGGAGUGGCAUGUUGAACGACGGGAAGCUGUCCGCGCACUGUUUGCGAAGGGCGGAGGCUUGGUGUCCUACACAGACACACAAUGUGCGAUGUACCGAGGUGUCGAGGUGAGCCUUGACCGGGCAAAAACCGACGAGGAGUACCUUCGCCUCGUCAUUUGGGAGCUUUACGAAGCCAAUUGGCGCUGCGAACUCAGAGCGCUCGACAGCCGCCUGGUCGAUUACUCGGGCGAUGUGUUCCGCAAGUGGGAGCGCGAACAGGUCGUUUCUAGUGUCUGGCAUACGCCAUCCCAGCACUCCGCCGUUACGACGGUUGACGUAGGCGAGCCCGUGUAUUGUUGGAUCACCGCUGGUCAGGACGGCUGGCUGGGUCGUCGCGCAAACUUACGUGCCUUCGUGGACGUCAUGAGUUUGUGGCCCAAUUUCCCGGAGUCCUUACGGGCUGACAAGGACGCUAUCGCGACGUGUGAGAAGACGCAUGUCUUCGAUGAUAUUGAGGUGCGAGCGAUCCGGUUCUACGUACAGACCUUCACCGAACAGUUCCAUCGCCUCCCCUGCCCACCUGUACGCCUCGUCACCACUCCGCUCCUGUCAUGUACCGUGUAA